UCCAGUGACCUGCAAGAGAAUGACCUGCCUGCCGUUUACUACUCUGACCUGACUGGCCUCACCGAGCUCGUCAUCCUGCAACUCCACGACAACAAGCUGCACACCAUCGAGCAGGGCGCCUUCCAGGACCUGCACAAGCUUGAAAGACUGACCUUGGAGAACAACCAGCUGACGCACCUCCCGGACAACCUCUUCGCCAACUGCCCCAACCUCUACAAGAUCGAGGCGAACCACAACCUGCUCAAGAUCAUCGACAAGAACACCUUCAAGGGCCUGUCGCAGCUUCGUUACCUGCAGCUUGACGACAACCAGAUUAACUGCAUCGACGAACAAGCUUUCAGAGGACUUGAGCUGUUGGAGAUUUUGACUCUCAAGAACAACAACAUCACGACGAUAUGGCGCGGCACCUUCCAGCCAACACCAAGGCUUCGCGCGCUCAGAAUCUCGGGGAACAAGCUGAUCUGCGACUGUCACUUGUCCUGGCUGGGGCGGACCCUCGCGGCGGCGCCCUAUCUCACCCAUUACGUCCGCUGCUCCUCGCCCUACCGCCUCAAGGACAGGGUGGUGACGGAGGUUUACGAUCAUGAGUUCAAGUGCGCAGCGGGUCUGGUGGACAACGUGGACCGCGGUUGCUCCCUGGCGCCCGUCUGCCCGCGGGCGUGUCGCUGCGGCGCCGGCAUCGUGGACUGCCGAGACACUGGCCAGGCCGACGUGCCCACCCACAUCCCGGAGGACACCAUCGAGCUGCGUCUGGAGCACAACGAGAUCACACACAUUCCCUCCAAGAUCUUCACACCGUACCGUCUCCUCAAGCGAAUUGACCUGAGCAACAACGAGAUCAGCGAGAUAGCCGAAGACGCAUUUCAUGGCCUCGACAGCCUCAACUCCCUGGUUCUGUACGGGAACAAGAUCACCACCAUCUCCUCCCGGCUGUUGAGUGGCCUGACCAACCUCCAGCUGCUUCUCCUCAACGCCAACCAGAUCCAGUGUGUCCACCACGACGCCUUCAAGGACCUCCGCAAGCUCAGCCUCUUGUCUCUCUAUGAUAACCAAAUAAUGAACCUGAACAACGGAACCUUCGCGCCGCUCAUCAACAUCCAGACCAUGCACCUGGGCUCGAACCCCUUCGUGUGUGACUGCAACCUGGCCUGGAUGGUGGAGUACCUGACGGCCAAUCCGGUGGAGACCUCGGACGCCCGCUGCCAGGAGCCCGCCAGGCUGUCCAGGAAGCCCUUCCAUCGCCUCAGGCCGGACAGCUUCAGGUGCACCAACGAGCUCCGCGCCAAGUAUGCCGGCCGGUGUGACGAGGUGGAUCUGUGUCUGAACCGCUGUGGCUGUGAGAGCACCCGCGUCGACUGUUCUGGCCGGGAGCUGAAUGCUGUGCCCAGUGACAUUCCAAAAGCCACGACAAUGCUAGACCUCAGCUACAAUCAACUGUUCUCCCUGGACGGCACCACAAGCAUGCGGCGCCUCAAGAACCUCAGCCACUUGGACCUGUCACACAACCGCCUCACAUACCUCAGCCCGGACUUCUUCCGAGGCGCUCGCUCCCUCACCCACCUCACUGUGAACCACAACAAACUCAUUCAGGUGUCCGAGGAGGUAACCCGUAGACUCAGAGCUGUGACACACCUAGAUUUGUCUGGAAACCACAUCAGCUGUUUGUCAAAGAAGAUCACUGAGCACAUGCCACGACUCCAGCAUCUGGACGUAUCUUCCAACCCUCUGAACUGUGAUUGCCGCGCCUCCUGGAUGAGGGAAUGGAUGCUGGAACAUGAAGAAGUGAGUGCCCCAACAUGCCACCUCCCAGCCCCCCUCAGGGACAGCUCCAUCUCCAAGGUUGGACCUCACCUCCUCACAUGCCAAGGCCUCGCCCAAGAUGAUGACUGCAGAGGUUCAGUGUACUGCCCACUGGAGUGUCAGUGUGACAGGACAACUGUGCGCUGCUCCAGGGCGCACCUCACAGAGAUUCCCCGAGGCAUUCCCCCGGACACCACUGAGCUGUACCUUGAUGUGAAUGAAAUCAAAACCAUUGACCCAGAGCGUCUGAAACAUCUCAAAGGCCUGAAAAAGCUAGACCUCAGCAACAACCAGAUCACCAUUCUAUCCAACAAGACUUUCUCAGAAUUAACUCAGCUGUCAACACUGGUUAUAUCAUACAACAAGCUUGGCUGCAUGGAGCGAGACUCACUGCUCGGCCUCAGGCAACUGCGUCUCCUCUCUCUUCAUGGCAACGGCAUUUCGUUCAUACCUGAGGGCACCUUCAGGGACCUGGAUGGCAUAACUCACAUAGCCUUGGGAGCCAACCCUCUCUACUGUGACUGCUCCAUGGCCUGGCUGUCCCGCUGGAUCAAGGUGGACUUUGUGGAGUCUGGCAUUGCUCGCUGCGCCGACCCAAGGCCAAUGAGGGAUAAGCUCGUCUUGACAACACCAGAGGAGAUGUUUGUUUGCAACGAGCGAGUACCAGAUGACGUGCUGGCCAAGUGUGACCUUUGCUACACACGGCCGUGCCAGAACGGAGGAGAGUGCAGGUCCAGCCCCGGCCUUGAUUACGAAUGUCGGUGUUCGGCAGGCUUCCACGGGCCAGAGUGUCAGUACAGAAUUGAUGCUUGUUAUGGAAAUCCCUGCAACAAUGGCGGUACCUGCAAGGUGUUCGAGACUGGCAGAUAUGCAUGCCACUGUCCAUCCGGCUUUGAGGGCGGUCGAUGUGAGGUCAAUGUUGAUGACUGCGACAAUCACAAGUGUCAAAAUGGUGCCACCUGUGUAGACGGCCUGAACUCAUACUCCUGCACCUGCCCGGCCGGCUUCACGGGGGAGUUUUGUGAGAGGAAGAUUGCCUUCUGCACUAAGGAGUUUAAUCCUUGUAAAAAUGGGGCAACCUGCAUCAACCACGACACUAACUACGAAUGCCAGUGCACCCUCGGCUGGUCUGGUAGCAACUGCACUGAGAACCUUGAUGAUUGUGCCAACCAUAUGUGUCAGAAUGGUGGACAAUGUGUAGAUGGUGUUGGGGACUAUGAGUGCAAGUGUUCUGGAGACUGGAGUGGCCGGUUCUGUGAGCUUGGGCCGUCCGUGCUGCUCCAGACCGAGCCUUGCCUCCAGCACGACUGUCGCCACGGUGUGUGCAUGGUGCCGCAGGGGGAGAUGGAGUAUGUGUGCAAAUGUUCACCAGGAUAUUCAGGUAAAUACUGCCAGCACCUGUCAUCUGUAAACUUCAUAGAUUCAAGUAGCUUUGUACAGCUGACAACCCCUCCUGUCAGACCUUCCAUCAAUGUCACCAUCCGGUUCACCACUCGCUCGCCAAAUGGAGUACUCUUCUACCUGGGUGAAGACCGACAGCACCUGGCUGUAGAGGUGUUCAAGGGAAGAUUACGAAUCAGCUAUGAUGUUGGCAAUCACCCGGCAUCUACCAUGUUCAGCUAUGAGUUGGUGAGUGAUGAAAAGGAGCACACUGUUGAACUGCUAGCAGAGCGUCAGAACUUCACGUUGCGUGUAGACAGCGGCGGCGCUCGCUCCAUGGUCAAUGCUGGGGAACUUGAGUACUUGGAGGUGGAGGCACCAGUCUUCCUUGGCGGUGUUCCUCCUGAUGUUGGGAGACACGCCCAGAUGCACUGGCACCUGCGUAAUUCCAGCAGCUUCAAGGGCUGCAUGAGCAGUGUGGAGGUAAAUGGCCGGGUGCAAGACCUUACUGAGAGUGAGAAGCAGAACAAGGUGGUGCCGGGGUGCGGCGACGCUGAGCAGCACGAUCAGGGGGCCGUCAGGCCAGUGCAAGGAACCACAGCUCCCGAGGAAGCAAGAUCUGGUCCUAAACCACAGAAAUCAAGAGGGGUGAGUGAAGCGUGUGCCAGCCACCAGUGUGUGAACGGCCGCUGCCGCCCCAACCGCCGAGGCGCAGGGGAAGGCUACCGCUGCAGGUGUAAGAAAGGAUGGAGUGGAAAGUUUUGUAAUGAAGAUAACAGUGCUUGCGCAAACAACAGGUGUGAAAAUGGCAGGUGCCGUCCAAAGCGCCGGAGUGGUGGCUACAGGUGUCGCUGCAAGAGGGGGUGGAGUGGCAGGUUUUGUAAUCAAGCACCCUCGUGUCGCAGGGAGAAGGAGAAGGCAUAUGUCUAUGACUAUGGCUGCCGCUCCCGCCGCCCCAUCAAGCAGUACACCUGUAACGGCACUUGCGGGAAGGACUGCUGCCAGCCAAAGCGGUACCACAUGAAGCGAGUGGCCAUGAUUUGCAAUGACGGGACUAAGUACAUGAAAGACGUGGAUAUUGUGAGGAAGUGUUGGUGCUCACGUGACUGUGAGGGAAUGUAAAUCUGAAGACUGCCAGUGUUGAGCAGUUGGGAGCCCCAACGUAUAUUAACAAGAACUUCAUUCACAAUGAAUUCCUCAUUGGGAAAGAAGUCAAAUGUACAGUUCAACUAAUGUGUCUUCAAGAGAUCUGAGAGAAGGAUAAUGCAGCUUUCUUGAAGGAGUUAUUCGUGUGACAGAAUACUAUUUCCAAGUUGUGAUUAUUUCACAAAGAAAACAGGAAAUAUUUAUUCAGAAGUUUGUAGUACGGUUUACAGUACUUACAUGUGAAGCUAUUAUAGACUGAAUAAAUUAUUUGACUAGAAGUACCUAUAUGAGAUGUGAACUAUAAUAUGUAAAAUAGGUUGGCAGUAAUUGUCUCUUUGGUAGUGUUAACUUACUGAACUAUAAGCUUUAUAUACGUGCAGUGAAUAUAUCUUUGUAAAUAGUUAUAUUAAUACUAAAUGCAGUGAGGCAUAGAUUAAUAGAUAAGAUUUUUAUAAUAUAUAUAUAUAUAUAUAUAUAUAUAUAUAUAUAUAUAUAUAUAUAUAUAUAUAUAUAUAUAUAUAUAUAUAUAUAUAUAUAUAUAUAUAUAUAUAUAUAUACACACGCACACACACACACACACACACACACACACACACACACACACACACACACACGAUUGUGACCAUAUUAAUUUGGAGCUGAAGUGCUGUUUUAAAUGUUUGCUGCAUUAGUGUGGGGAACUUCUCUGUUUUCCUCUGUUGGUACAGAGCAAGAGCACAAAUUGAGUCACAAUGGCUAGUGUAAUAAUUGUCUGGAAUUUCGUAUAACUCAUAACAGUCUUGAUGAGAACAUUAAGUGGAAAUGAAGUGAGAAGACGAGUGUUUGGCUUUAAUGGGAGGCGGAGGUGGACAGUGUGAUGCCUCCUGCACGGCGUGGCCUGAGGCACAGGGAUGAGCGUGAACAGAGGAGGUAUUAUACAGUUAAGUUUUCACAGUAGGUACUAUUACUGCUAAUCAUUAUGAUGUGGAGUAAGUGGAUAUAAUUGAAAACUGUUAUGAUGAAGAAAGUGGCCAACACUAUAUCACACCAUGACUUUCAUGUGACUGUUUUUGUAACUAAAAUGAUAAAAAUCCCCCUGCAGAAUUCAUAUGGUCGCAAGCUUUACAGGAAACAGUCUGUAUGUACCUCAAAACUGCAUUGUGUUAUUUCCUGCAGGUAAACUUAGUCAUUGUAUUGAUUGUUUUCUGUAAUCAAACAAUAAUUACAGAAUGUAUAUCAGUCAUGUAUGGCUGCAGAAGUACAUAGGUUACCAUUCCACAGUAAUUGUGAGGUACUGUGCCAUUAAUUUAUCGGCUUUUUAACCAUCUAGUUGAUGUGUUUAUGGAGAUCUAACAUUAGUGCCCGGUCAGUGUUCGGGAGUGGGCGGGACUUCAGUGUCUGAAAAGUAUCCUCCUUGUGAAUAAAGUUGGAUAGUCUUACCCAUAGCAUCCUUGGUCUUAACAUGGAAGGCAUUCAUGAUCAUCUCUGCCUCAAGAUGUUUCCCUUCAUUUGAAGGUGUCCUGAACACAAAAAGUUGGAUGCUUUAAACCAUAAAAAUUUCAGUAACUUAUCACUACGUAUAUUAUUUUUAUUUAAUAAAAGUUAUAAAAAUUCA